UUCCUCUUCUUCUUCCUCUCUCUCUCUCUUCCUAUUUCUUAGCGAGGAGAAGAGCGAGGUGGAGAGCUCCAUGGUUUUAAUACCUUAGCAAUGAAUUGCGGUCACCUCCCGAUGGACACGCGGCUUCUCCUGCUCCUCCUCUUUCUAUUCCUCCUUACUUUUUCGCCGGCGGUGGCGGAUCUCGCCGGUGAUGGAGCUGCCCUCAUGACCUUCCGCGCAGCCGUCGGUAGAUUUGUGCUCCCAUGGAACACCUCGGUCUCGCCGUGCAUGUGGCCUGGCGUUACCUGUGCCAGCAACCGCGUCGUCUCCCUCCGCCUCCCUGGCUCCGGCCUCAUUGGCCAAAUUCCCGAAGGAACUCUCGGCAACCUUUCCAACCUCCAGACUCUCUCGCUACGCUUCAACGCUCUUUCUGGUCCCUUACCAUCCGACCUCGCUAGAUGUAAGGAGCUACGAAAUUUAUACCUUCAGGGAAACCGCUUCUCCGGUGAGAUCCCAGCGUUUCUAUCCUCUCUGAGUAGCUUGGUACGGCUGAACCUAGCAGAAAACAACUUCUCCGGUGUGAUCCCGCUGGCAUUCAACAAUCUCACGCGGCUUGGGACGCUGUACCUUGAGAGCAAUCACCUCAGCGGCGAGAUCCCGGAGCUCGACCUUCCCAACCUCGUGCAGUUUAAUGUGUCCUUUAAUCGGCUCAACGGAUCGGUGCCGUCGAAGCUACGCGACAAGCCAGCGAACUCUUUUCUGGGGAUGUCACUCUGCGGUGGGCCGCUUGGGCUUUGCCCUGGCGAGAUCUCGCCGGCGGCCGCUCCAACGGGAACUUUACCGUCCGGUAGUGGGAGCAAGCUCUCCGGCGCUGCUAUUGCGGGGAUCGUUAUUGGCACCAUUGCUGUUUUUCUCAUCCUUCUUGUUAUUCUGUUUUUGCUUUGCCGAAAAAAAGGAAAAGCUGGCGCGGCUAAGUCGGUCGAGGCAAAGCCGCCGGAGGUGGAAGUCGCGCUCAGGGAUGUGGGAAUCGUGGAUGGUGUUGGAACAAACGGAGGCGCCCCUGCUACGAAAGUUGCUGCUUCUUCGGCGCCGGCGGCAGCUUUGGCGGCUAAGAAGCAGCUGGCGUUUUUCGGCAAUGGACCAAAGGUUUACGAUCUAGAGGACCUGCUCAGGGCUUCGGCGGAGGUUUUGGGGAAGGGUACAUUUGGAACGACGUACAAGGCGGUGUUGGAGACUGGAAUGAUGGUGGCGGUGAAGCGACUCAGGGAUGCUAAUACGCCUGAGAAGGAGUUCAGGGAGAAGAUUGACGCCAUCGGCGCCAUGAAUCACCCUAACCUUGUUCCUCUCCAAGCCUAUUACCAUAGCAAGGAUGAAAAACUCUUGGUGUAUGAUUACAUGCCAAUGGGAAGCCUCUCUUCCCUCCUCCAUGGAAACCGAGGAUCUGGACGCACCCCUCUCAGCUGGGAGAUAAGAACCAGCAUUGCCAUGGCCGCAGCUCGCGGCAUAGAGUACAUCCACUCCACCAGCCACACUGCAUCUCAUGGAAACAUCAAGUCUUCCAACAUUCUCCUUACCAGCUCAUCCGAAGCCCGAGUUUCCGACCAUGGCCUCGCACAUCUCGUUGGCUUGUCCGCAACGUCAAACCGCGCCGCCGGUUAUCGGGCGCCUGAGGUCACCGACACCCGAAGGGUUUCUCAAAAGGCAGAUGUCUACAGCUUCGGAGUUCUCCUCCUCGAGCUUCUCACCGGCAAGGCGCCGGCCCAAGCUCUCCUCAAUGAAGAAGGCGUCGAUUUGCCACGUUGGGUGCAGUCGGUGGUUCAUGAAGAGUGGACAUCCGAGGUGUUUGAUAUGGAGCUGUUAAGGUAUCAGAGUGUGGAGGAGGAGAUGGCGGAGCUACUGCAACUUGGAGUAAACUGCACUGCGCAAUAUCCCGACCAGCGGCCGACGAUGUCAAUGGUGGUGGCCAAGAUUGAAGAGCUUCAGCGCUCGAGCGUUGAGGUUAGUAAAGAGUAAAAGCAAUUGACAGGAGGGAUCUGAUUAUCUGCUUAUUAGAAUUUCUCAAUGGUUUGAGCUUCUUUGUUCUGGAAACAGGAAACUUCCAUGUCUUCACUUGAAUUUGUUUAUACAUGAAUUGAUGGAUGUAUGGAUGGAUGAAUUUUCUUUUUCUUUGGGUGAUUUUUGUUAUUAUUUUCAAGAUCAAAAUUUUCCUUUUUUUUUUAAUCUUAAUGUAGAUUUUCAUGUUCUUCUCUUCUUUUUAA